AUGUCGAUACUUAAUUUUAAUGUUGGUGUACUAGGACAUGUCGAUUCUGGAAAGACAAGUCUUGCUAAAGCAUUGAGUACUAUUGCUAGUACAAAUGCUUUUGAUAAAAAUCCACAAAGUCAAGAACGUGGAAUAACACUUGACCUGGGUUUUUCAUCGUUUACAAUCGAUAUGCCGGAACAUUUGAAGAGCAGCAAUUAUAGUCAAUUACAAAUUACUCUAGUCGAUUGUCCAGGACAUGCAUCUUUAAUAAGAACAAUUAUUGGAGGUGCUCAAAUAAUUGAUCUAAUGUUACUUGUAAUUGAUAUAACAAAAGGUAUACAAACACAGACAGCUGAAUGCCUAAUUAUUGGUGAAAUUACUUGUGAUAAAAUGCUAGUUGUAUUGAAUAAAAUCGAUCUCAUCGAAGAAGAUCAACAACAGGCAACCAUAGACAAGAUGACAAAACGAUUGCGUAAAACAUUUGAAUCAACGAAAUUUCCACAGACACCUAUCAUUCCUUGUUCGGCAGUUUCAUCAUUAAAUCUCAAUGAACUUGUAUCAACACUGCAGCAACAUGUUUACAUUCCUCAUCGAUCAGCGACAGGUCCAUUUAUAUUCUCUGUUGAUCAUUGUUUUUCAAUUCGUGGUCAAGGAACAGUUAUGACUGGUACAGUUCUAUCAGGUUCAGUUCGAAUUAAUGAUUCGAUCGAAAUUGUAUCACUUAAAGAAGUUCGUAAAGUGAAAUCAAUGCAAAUGUUUCGUAAACCAAUCGAUAGAGCUAUUCAAGGUGAUCGUAUUGGUCUAUGUGUUACUCAAUUUGAUCCAGAUAAACUCGAACGAGGAAUAGUUUCUACACCAGGUGUUAUAAAAAUAUUUCAUGGAUUAAUUAUUCGAGUUAAUAAAGUAAAGCAUUUCAAACAUGAUAUUGAAAGUCGAACAAAAUUUCAUAUUACUUGUGGCCACGCAACUGUUAUGGGUAAAAUCGUAUUAUUUAUUGAUCAUUCAACAGAACAGAAUAAUAACGAUGAUCAAUUCAAUUAUGGCAAAGAAUAUGAAGCUACUGAUCAAUAUUCAAGUGAAGAUUCCUCAGAAAAUAAACAUAUAUAUGCUUUAAUUGAACUUGAAUCGCCAAUCGCUUGUCAAUUACAAUCAAUUAUGAUCGGCUCUCGUUUAGACACAGAUAUUCAUGCAAAUACAUGUCGUCUUGCUUUUUAUGGCCAUGUUCUUGAUGGCUUUAUCGAUACUGACUAUUUAAAUAAAGAAUUACCAAGUAAACUUCGAGUUUAUAAACGAAAAGAGAAAGUCGGUUUCAUUGAUCGAGUCGUUGAUGAUCAGACAAUAAUUGGAAAAGAUCUAUUUCAAAAAGAAACAAAUAUAAAUACAUUUGUUAAUUUUAAAGUUGAACUUACACCAAAAGGUGAACAAGGUUUUAUUGAAUCAUCAUUUGGACAAAGUGGAAAAUUUAAAGUUCGAUUUAUGAAUGGUCUUUCCGCUGAAACAAAACAAUUGUUCAAUAACGCAAAAGGUCGAAAACAACAAUCAAAAACAGCAACAACAACCGAUGCCGAUGCAGAAUCAAAUGAGCCUCAUGAACGAAUGCGUAUCGUGCUAAAAUUUAAAAAAUAUCUUUUUCAAGAGAAAACAGUUAUCUCGCAAUAG